CGUCUGCGAAUUCUGAGCUAAAUCCUUCGACCUUCGUCUUCCCUUCGACCUUUGUCUAUAAUUAUUCAAAUUCGCUGCUUAAAUGGCUAGCCUGAUACACAAGAUCUCCAGAAACUCAACGCCAUCUUUUAGAGUACUAUCAGCUAUUAAACCGCCAACAAUUCUGAGACGCACUGAUUCUCCAAUCCCCCUCGAAACCCUUCCGGGCACACGCUUACCGGAUCCCACUAGCAGCGCAGCUUCCUUUUUGAGUCUUUCGGACUACAAGCCGAAUUCUUCUCAAAGCUUGGGCUUCCAAUUUUUUCCCUCUUUCCCGUUUGGGUUUUGCUGCAAUCCUGUUGUUUCGGCUGAGUCCGAAAAUUUUGGGGGGGCUGAUACUCCGCGAAUUGAGGAUGAUGAAGCACGGACGAUUUGGGCGGAUAGUGUUAAGAGGAAGAGGAAGCGAAAAAUGAAUAAGCACAAGUACAAGAAGCUUAGGAAGCGCCUCCGCCGUAAGACUUGAAGAAUGGUCCGCUGUGCAUACUAUACUGUGUUCUAACUACUAAUUGGAAGGUUGUUUCACUUUUUCUUUUCUUUUUUUUUUUUAAUUUUCUGGGGCUGUUUUUUCUGAAUAUAAUUUAUUCCCUUUUCCGGCUAAGUUAUUGACAAUAAAUUUGAGAUAUUUCAGCAUUAUUUUCUCUAUGCUAAAGUGUCGCUUUAUUUCUUCAAUAUAGUAGCAACGAGAAUCAAUAUUCA